AUGGAGACCUCUGCUAGCAUCGAUAUGAUCAAAAUUUCGGCAGCCACUGAUGGCAGAUCCAGCAGUCAACAUAUCAGUGGGGGUGGGUGUCCAGGUCAAGACCAGUCCAGGUGUGGUCUGUGUGAACAGGUUCUGAGAGAUCCAGUCUCUACCAGCUGUGGACACAGUUUCUGCAGACAGUGUAUCAGCACAUACUGGGACCAGUCUGGUCCAUCAGGAGACUAUGUCUGUCCCCAGUGCAGAAAGAGAUCCAGAACACGUCCUGCUCUACAGCAACCCAAAGUCUCUGACUCUACAUCAGAUCCUGUGCUGCUGAGAUUUAUUGACAGUCAUAAAACCAUCCUGAAAAACAAGUACAGACACCUGUUUGAAGGCGUAACACCACAAGGACAUCAAACCUUCCACAGCAGGAUUUAUAUUUCAGAGGGAGAGAGUGAAGGGGUGAGCAGAGAACAUGAGGUUUUACAAAUUGACACGGCAUCAAGGGCACAUGGUUCAGAUGACAUUUCAGUUAACCUCAAUGACAUCUUCAAACCUUCAUCAACUCAGGAACCUACAGGGAGUGGAGGAGAAAUCAAAACGGUGCUCACCAUGGGCUUCGCUGGCGUUGGGAAAACGGCGACUGUGCAGAGGUUCAUUCUGGACUGGGCUGAGGGAAAAGCCAAUGAGGACAUCGAUUUCAUGUUUGUCCUUCCUUUCAAGGAGCUGAACGUAAUUAAAGAUGACCAAUACAGUCUUCAUGGACUUCUGCAAGAGUUUCACCCAGAACUGAGAGAGCUGGAUCCAAAAAAAAUUGCUGUUUGUAAAACAGUGUUGAUCCUGGAUGGUUUAGAUGAGAGUGUAUUUUAUUUAGACUUUUCUCAGAGGUUUUGUGAUAUGACUGCACCAUCAACAGUGGCCGUACUGUUAGCAAACCUCAUUCAAGGAAAUCUUCUUCCAUCUGCUCUCAUCUGGAUAACCUGCAGACCAGCAGCAGCAAGUGAGAUCCCCUCUAAAUGCAUCAGUCGCGUGACAAACAUACAAGGAUUCAAUGAUUCACAGAAAGAGGAAUACAUCAGAGAAAGAGUUAGUGAUCAGAGUCAAGCCGACAGAAUCAUCUCACACAUCAAGUCAUCAAGGAGCCUCCAUGUCAUGUGUCACAUCCCGGUUUUCUGUUGGAUGUCAGUCACUGUGCUUCAAGAAAUGCUGCAUCAGGACCACGGUGAUAGGAUGCCAAAAACAUUGACUGAAAUGUACACACACUUCCUCCUCGUUCAGAUGAACACAAAGAACCGAAAGUAUGAGGGGAAACAUGAAACUAAUCCAACGAAGCUUCUAGAAUCAAGCAGGGCAAUUUUACUGAAACUGGCUGAGUUUGCUUUCAAGCAGUUGUUGAGGGGCUGUCCCAUCUUUUAUGAGGAAGAUCUGACGGAACAUGGCAUAGAUGUGAGCAAGGCCACAGGGUGCUCUGGGAUUUGUGCCGAGAUUUUUACGGAGGAAUCUGUGCUUCGUCAGAAGAAAGUCUACUGCUUUAGGCAUCUAAGCGUUCAGGAGUUCUUUGCUGCUGUCUAUGCAUUUCACUGCUAUGUAAGCAAGAACAUGGAGCCACUGCAAUAUUUUCUGUGGGGAAAGUCCAAAGGUGCACUGAAGAAGGUUCCUUUGGAUGUGCUGCUUAAGGGAGCGGUGACUAAAGCUUGUGAGAGUAAGGAUGGACACUUAGAUCUGUUCAUCCGCUUCCUUCAUGGAAUGUCACUGGAGUCCAACCAGAAACUCAUACAAGGUCUGCUAGCACACACAGAGAACGACCCAGAGAGCAUCAAGAAAGCAGUCCGAAACCUCAGAGGGCUCCAGAAAAAGAGUAUUCAGCCUGAGAGAUGGGUCAAUCUCCUACACUGCUUGACUGAAAUGAACGAUUACUCGGCUUAUGAAGAAAUUCAGGCUCUUCUCAAGUCAAAGAAGAGUAAAGUUGAACUCACAGCAGUUCAGUGCACAGCCUUGGUAUAUCUGCUCCAGACAUCAGAGGAGGUGCUGGAGGAGUUUGAUGUGAAGAAAUACAGCACAUCAGAUGAGGGUCGUAGGAGACUGUUCCCAGUUUUGGGCUUCUGCAGAAAAGCUCUACUUUCCAACUGUCAACUCAGUACACUUGACUAUGAAACUCUAGUGUCAGCCCUACAAUCGUCAAAUUCUUCCCUGAGAGAGCUGGACCUGAGUAACAGUGACCUACAGGAUUCAGGAGUGAAGCGUCUCUGUGCUGGACUGGAGGAUCCGCACUGUAAACUGGAGAUCCUGAGACUUUCUGAUUGUAAACUAACUGAACAGUCCUGUAAAAUGGUAGCCUCGGUGCUACAGUUAGCAGAUUCCUGCCUGAGAGAGCUGGACCUGAGUAACAAUGAACUUCAGGACUCAGGAGUGAAGCUCCUCUCUGCCGGCCUGGAAAAUCAAAACUGUAAACUGGAGAUCCUCAGGCUGUCCUGCUGUUUAGUGACAGAGGAAGGCUGUUCUUCUCUGGCUUCAGCUCUAAGUUCAAACCCCUCACACCUGAGAGAGCUGGAUCUGAGCUACAAUCACCCAGGAGACUUGGGAGCUAAGCUGCUCUCUGCUAGACUGGAGGAUCCACAUUGUAAUCUGGAGACACUCAAUCUGGACCAUGCGGUGGAGUUACGAAAACGACAAGAACUAAAAGAGUAUGCCUGUGAGCUGACGUUGGACCCAAACACAGCAUACGUACGUCUGUGUCUGUCUGAGGGGAACAGAAAGGUGACAUACGGAAACAUAAUGCCAUAUCCUGAUCACCCAGAGAGAUUUGAGAACUGCGUACAGGUCCUGUGUAGAGAGAGUCUGACGGGACGCUGUUACUGGGAGGCGGAGUGGAGUGGGAAAGAAACCGUGAUUGGAGUGACAUAUAAAGGGAUAGACAGAAAAGGAUGGGGUGAUGACAGUUGGCUUGGGCUCAAUGACAAGUCCUGGGGUCUGCUUUGCUCCAGUGACAGCUACACUGCCAGACACAACAAACAGAGCGCUCAGAGACCCGCACCGAAGUCGCAGCACCGCAGAGUGGGAGUGUAUCUGGACUGGCCGGCCGGGACCCUGUCCUUCUACAGCGUCUCCUCUGACACACACACACUCACACACAUACACACCUUCCACUGCACAUUCACUGAACCCCUCUAUGCAGGGUUUUGGAUUUUUUGUUGCUCCUUCUUGUCAGUGUGUAAGAUGGUAUAG